GGUGAACAGACCGCACGUCUUAUGUCUCGACGACUGCCGACUUCUUUACGUCAUAGUUAAUUUUGUGCUCAUUUUAAAAGUCACACAAAUCUAGUACCUACUUGGAACUGGGUGUGAACCCAGAUACGGUGUGUGUGGUUUUAUGUAAUCUUAUUUAUACUGUUAUUGAAGAAACUCACAGUGGAGUUCGUGAAUUAUCUGCUCAGUGUGUGUGCAACGAUAGAAUUGUAUCAGAGAAAAUUGAUUCAUUUAAAAGUGCAGUGUACACUACAACGACAGUUCUCUGAUUGUUAUGCUCUGUAAACAAGUGAUUUGUGUUUUUAUUGGAUUGUUAUCUAUUUGGAUUACCAGCAGCUAAAUGGCCAUUGUCUCGCUGGAAGCUAAACCGAAGUCAUGAGCGCGCCUAGGAGCUACCACUCUCAUCAAGCAGGGUAGCUGUUAUACCACGUAAAAUCAAGAGGAGACGGAGUAUGGACGUGUCUUUUAAUAAUGUACUGGAAGGGACGCGCCAGUACUUUAUGGGGGUCCCGAAGCAAGCACCAACAGAGGGGUCCAACCAGUCUCUAUGGCCACAGAUUGCACCAGCGCCAGAAGAAGGCACUCCUGCACAAUCCGGGGCUCCAGCGCCCUCGUCACGUCCACCCUCAGCUGCAGCAGCCCCACCAUCCGUCCCUAGCUCGACGCCUAUUCCAGCUCCUCCGAGGCCACCCUCGGAACCGAUUGAGCCCGAACCGCAUAUUAUUCAUAAGGCUACAGUAAUGCGCGAAGCGGCAGAAAAGCGACGCGAGCAACCUGAGAUAGAAGAUGACGAAGAAGCUGUGGGUACCCUUUCACCUCCAUCGCACAUAAUCCGCAAGCCAUCGCGGGCACUCCCCUCUCCUGCACCAGCUCCCGCUGCACCAUGUCCGUCCCCUGCGAGACCACCAUCUGCUGCGCCUCUGCAGCCUCCUUCUGCUCCAGAAUCACAGUUGGAACCCCCUACACAAUACCGUCCUCCUGUGCAUCGUGUUCAAACACCAACUGCAAGACAACCGGACCACUACGCACCAGGUCGACCACCAGACCCGUAUCCGACGUCUAGGCCACCAGAGCAGUAUGGGCGGUACCAUUACGAUCCAAAUAUGUCAGAAGCAAACAGAACUUCUCAUGGGCAAGUUGCUUCGCCACAGCCUUCAUCACAUUCUCGUCAAAGCCCACAAACUUAUGCGAGGUUAUCGGUCUCGAUGCCGCAACACACUACGUCAAGAUUACGCGAUGUAGCCGCUCAGAGUCCACCUACACAGCGAUAUCAAAUGCCACCUGCGCAACCGCCGCCUCCACCAAACGAUCGCGUGCCACCCAUACAUCAUCCGCAACCAGCGCCUUCGGCACAAAGGCAUUCUGCGGAUAGCAGAUCAGCACAAAUGCAAUAUGCAUCUCUUCAACAACGUCGCGAACCUUCGCCUUAUGGCCGGACUGCAACACAUUACGAGAGGCAUCCCGUACUUCCCCAGCGAAAGUAUGAUCAUCAGCAAGCUUACCCGAGCUAUCGGCCUGCACCAGUCGCUCAACCAGUUCAAAGUCACCGCGUCGACACACACCAUCAAGUGCAAUACAAACCGCAUGCUCCGAUGGAAGUUCUAAGCGCACAUUACUCGCCCAGGCCAGAACGAUCGCCAGUGCCAAUCCCACCGCACCCUCAUGACGCUGCUCGCUUGCCGCCGCGCGCUGACUAUCCGGCUAUUAAUAGAUCUGUAGACACUAGAGGAGGAUACCACUAUCCAACACCGUCAACAUCAACAUCUCGGUACCCGUCUAAUGCUCCUGUUCCAAUUGUUCAAAACUCAACGCCACCGAGAUCUGUUUAUCGACAGGCAGCAGCACCUAAAACUAGUUACGAGUAUGCUCCUACUAAUUCGGUGCAAACCUCUCCUGCAAGAUCGGCAGUAAAACCUGGUUAUCCUAAUCAGGCACGUAUGACGGUUUCGGUUACGUCUCUUGUGAAUCAAAUGAAUCAAACCAAACAAAAACAAGAGCCACCUGCUGCAGUCGCUCAGGUUACUCAAAGUAAACAGAAGCGAGAGUCGCCGUUAGAUUUAUCGGUAAAGACUGUCAAAAAUUCAGCAGAUUCUUCAACGACUCAAGAUGACGUUGUCGAUUCUGCCGCAGACAAUAAAAUGAUUGCUCUACCUCAUCGGCCUUCGUCGUCAAGUAGAAGCCAUGCUCAUUUACCUACUACGAGCUAUAAUGUUGCAUCUCAUAAAGUUGAUUUUGCUCCAAAUUUUACUCAAUAUGGGGAAAGAAGCACAGCCCAUGGUUAUGCGGCCCCGUCUCAACCUGCAGCUCCCUCUUUACGUUAUAACGGGUCUUAUGAACCACGUCGACCAGUUACGGAAGCCUAUCCUGUCGAAUCUCCUCACACCUAUCCAGAGAGAAGUGUUCCAGUGAGACCAGAUUACGUUCCUAAGAUAGACCUUACACGAUCUAUGAGUAACCAACGUCUCUCGGAAAGUAGAGUUCGUGAUGACCGACACUUUAUUAUAGAAGAGAGAAAACGUCCCGCAGAUGCAAUUGUUAGUAACAUUCCGGAAAAAAUUGUGCGCUAUGAAACUUGGACAGCAGACAGCCGGAUAGACCAUCUCAACCAGUCUGCUCGAGAGCAACGAGAGCUCAUGAAACAGCCAGUGUAUAGUUAUAGCAGGUAUAAACAACAGAUAGAAAGUUAUCAACACGAACAAAAACGACCAGCUCUCGCCGGAGUAUCAUAUCGAGAUCAUCAUUUACAUGCUAACCGCAGAUACUCAAAUAACCCAUACCAUCCUGAGUUAGCUCGUGAGACAGGAGAGUACCAUGCUCACUACCAUGAUAGGAAUCCGUCAGUUAAUAGCCGUCAUCACGUUAUACAAAAAAUUCCGAGCCAUAGAGAUAUUCAUACGCAUCAUUUUGAUCCCUCCAGCGGUAUACCUGCCGAUAAAAGGGUACUAAGUAUUUUGAGAAACAGUUUAGAAACAAAACAUACAGGUUUCGUAGAACCACCUAGACAAGCCAAGCAAGUUCCUGACCUCAUAGUAAUAGACGAUGCAGAAGAUUCUGUAAUUGAAAUCACAGACCUUACAAAAGAUACUGAAACAGACAUGGCAUCUAAAAAUUUGACGAAAGUCCGUACUAAUCACAUUACUCCUAACUUGCAUCAUCAUAUUCAAAUGCCUAAAGCAGUGGAUUCUCUACCACGUGACUCCGAUUACAACAAUAGCCCAGAUCCAAAGCCAAUAUCGCCUGAAAACGAUGUGGCCUCCAGAAUAAGAACAAAAGCAGAACUAAAAGUAAUGCCACCAUCACAAGAGACGAUUACUAAAGUUGAGACGAAACAGGCUACGCCGCCUGAAAAUGAAAAAUUAAAAUUGUUACCCAGAAAAACCCAUUUGUUCAAUCAGAUAAGGGAAGACAAUUUAAGAUUAGAAUCUGUAAUUAAAAAUGAAGAGCCGCCUGCAACAAUUAUUACAGAAGUUAAAUCAGAGCCAAUGAAUAUUGAAGAAAUUGAAAAAGAUGCAGUAAUAUCUAUUAAAACGGAAAAUAUUUUGGAAAGUUUAGAACCAGUUGGCAUCAAUGAAGCCACUGAAACUUCUGUUGAAGACUUAGACUUAGAUUGGGCGAGUGCUUGUGAUAGUUUCAUGGAACAGCUAAAAACUGGAUGUCAUAAAAAGAAAACACAUAGGAAACGUAUUGAUACCUAUGAUAACGACAAUGAAAGUAAAAUUGAAAAGUCUCUUAGUAUCGAUUCUGUUGAAUCUGGUUUACAUAAACCUUCUUCAUUGGUAGAUGCCAUGAUUCCAGCAAUUAACAAUACAUUGGAAGGACAGACAUUUAAACCUCUAGAAGAUACUACUCUGCCUGCGAGAGACAUCUCCCAAGCGACAGUUGAACCAUCAGCGGAAGAAUUAAUACCACCUGUAGUUAUAAAACAAGAGCCUAUUGAUGAGGAUGACAUUACAAGUGAAAUGGAAAUGCCUGUGUCAGAAUCUGUUGUAAUUGAUAGGCAAUCCAAUAAAGAAAAAAGCAAAAUUGAUAAAAAGAAUGAAAAAUAUAAAGAUGAUAAAUCUACUAAAAGUAAAGCAAAGGCGAAGAUUAAAGUCGAAAAAUCAGAUAAUUCUCUUUCUAAAAAGGAAUUCAAAGAAAAGAUACCUAUUAAAACGGUGAUAAAAGAAGAAUGUGAGUCUACAGAUGAUGACGAACCACUUAUUAAGAGCAAAAUUCUGAAAGAAAAGGAACAGAGCGACCGACUCAAAUAUCAACUAUUAAAAGACUUGUCAGAGAAAUCUGCGUAUGUUAAGCUCGAGUGUUGUGAUGUGGACGUCAAUAAAAAUACUAGAAAAUCGCUGGACUCUGCAAAGGAUAAGGAUGAAAAACAAGGUAAAGGCAAACAAUCUAGACAAAUGUCAAGAACAAAAUCAAAGCUAUCUACUGACAAAAAUGAAAAACCAGAGAUUAAUUCAAGUUCAGAUAGUGAUGACGAUGAUCUCAGUGUGGCAAGAAGACUACGCAUGCGUAAAAAUACAAAGACUGAUGAAAAUAAAAUUGCACUUAGUUCCAAGACCGCUGUGAAAUCAUCGCCUGUUAAGAAGCAAGACAGUAGUAGUGCAAGUAAUAGUUCAACACCCGUAAGAAAACCAACAUUCGGCGAUGGUUCAUAUUUUCACCCAGGGUGGGAAGAAGAAUUAUAUAAAUAUAAACGUUCCCUCCGUAUGCCCACUAGACUCAUUGCCAUACCACGAGGCCGUUCGGGUGGGCCGUUUGUUAGAGGAUCAGGCCCAAUCUUUACUAGAGGUUCCACCUCUUUACCUGAUUUGGACCCCGCUCCUCUUUCCCCAGCACCAUCUUCAGCACCUUCGGCUGCUACUGAUGAUUUGUAUGCAAGGCGUCCUGAUAAACUGACCCUUGAUAGUGACUUAGAUUCGAAUUCUAGUUAUUCUACACCCAACAAGUUACAUUAUGAUUCUGAAGCAUCUACUUCGACAGUGUUGUCUUCUAAAAUUAAUAAAAAGAAAAGCAACUCGAUUGUUGAUGUUCUGAUACAAAAAUGUGGGAAAAAAGAGGAAAGCAAAAAAGAUAAGAAAGGUAAAGACAAAGAUGACAAAACACCUAAAAUCAUUCCUAAAAAGUCGUCGAGUGAAUUACUACCUACACCUAGCUUGGGCCUCGUAAAAAACGGAAAUAAGGGCAGUUAUAAUGUUAAGAAAGAAAAACUGAUGGAGGAUAUUUUUUAUUUAGGAGCAUUCCGUAAAGAAACUGUAACUGCUUUCAGAAAUUCAUUUAUUAAAGACACAGAUGGUCUGAUAGGAGCGACCGAAGAAUUCGCCCCAGUAGUUCUCAAAUCAAGAACAAGGACUGAAAGUCGUGUACUCAAACAAAGAGCUACAAUAAAAGAAGUAUUUGGUGAUGAACGACCUGCUUCAGCGCCUCCAACAUCUUGUCGCGAAGAAGAAGUUCCGGAAGAAAAGGAGAUCAAAGUUACUGAGAUUAAAAAGGAACCAGAGUCGAAACCUAAGUUUAAGCCUAGAAAGAUUGUCAAAGAUAAAUUGAAACGAAGAUCUAGUUCAAUCAGGGAUGGGCUGAGGAGCACAAAAUCUUUGAAAAGAAACGAUGCUAAGGGUCGUCUUAUGCGUUUAAAGAAAAGAAAUAGCAUAAUGAAAUCUUUGAAUCACAAGAGAACUAAAGAAAUGUCAGCUAAUAAACAUAAAAACGAAAACGCCACUUCAGAGGAAAAAGACAAAACUAAAGUAGAAGGUAGUUCUUUAGUUCCAACUGAAGGUGUGAAUAAUAAAAGGCGACUGAAGCGCCUUUUUGGUAGAAGAAAAUUUAGUUCCGGGUUUGAUUAUAUUCGAAAAAAGAAGAAGAUAAUACGCCGAGAAGAAGCGGCCUCAAAAAUACGGAGACCUGCUGCUAAGCCCAGUCCGGAAUCGGUUCAUGACAUCCAAAAAGAAAUCAAAGGCUGGUUCAUUAACAAGAGCAUUGGAGAAACGCAUCUCCAUAGAGCUGCUAGACUUGGAUACACGGAUUGUGUCGCGUAUUGUUUGGAGAAGUUGGAAUCGGAUCCUUCAGCCAAAGAUAAUGCAGGCUUCACACCUUUACAUGUGGCGGCCGCAAAGGGUCAUGUCAGAAUAGCUCGACUUCUCCUACAGUACGGUGCAAACGUGUCAGCUGCUGCUCAGGGAGGAAUCAGACCUUUACAUGAAGCUUGCGAGAACAGUCACGUGGAAGUAAUAAGGCUACUUCUCUCAUACGGCGCGGAUCCCCUUCUCGGAACAUAUUCUGGACAGACUCCUGAGGAACUGACAGAGGGUCCCGCCGCAACAUUAUUAAGAUUACACAUCGCCGACGUACAGGGGAAUGCAAUUGAACCUUGGCGGUUUCCCCCACCAACAGAACUGAUAGAUCGUGAGGAGAUGGGCUGCGAUCCUCUCUCGUCACCUCCUCCCGCGUCUCCACCGCCGCCCCCGGACUCUAUGAUUGAGAUCCAGUGCACUGAGGCUCCACUGCCGCCCUUCUACAGCCUGAGGACUCCUACUGGCCAACCAGCCGACGGCUUGUGGUGUUUGUUGCAGGACAUCACUAAUUUAUUACAGAUCAAAUCAAAGGACAGUCUUCUGAAACAGAUCCAUUGUGGGUCUGGAUCACCGAAAGAGUUGUUGCGCGAGAUUCGUACACAGGAGUUUCUGGAACGAGCCCAGUGUCACCAACUGCUCGGCGCCGGAGAGAAAGUUAAUGUGCGUGCCUCAAAAGUGGCCCUCGUAAGGGUGACCGACAAGCUGAGGCAACUGCUCAAAAUAGAAACUGUUUUGGUUAGCUGACAUUAGGAUAAAUUUUAAGGCCACUCAGUGAUCAAAUAAAGUAUAAUUAUCUUCUACGGACGUAACGAUUUAAGGCCUAAGUUAACCUCUUUUGUUUAAAAGCAAUUUUACAAUCAGCUUUGGACAGUUUGAAAUUGUUGUAAAGCGAAUUUAAUAACGUCAUAUUAUGUAUUUUAUUGGGAUUAUAGCGAUUGUUAGUAAAACGCAGUCGCUACAAUCCUGUAGCCAAGUUUAUCAUAGCUACGAUUGGCAAUAAAAUGAAUUGUCAUGUUAUUAUUUCAUGUCAUAGUUACAUACAUACAUAUAAAAUUGUUUUUGAAUAAACACAUAACACUCGUGUUUGAUUGGAGACGGCUCAAUAACGAGAUCUUAAUACCAAGCUUGACUGAUUAUUGUUAUGUAACAUGUAUCUCAUUAAAGAACAAUAUUAUAAACAUAUUCGUUUUAUGAGACUGUGUAUUUUAAGGCAGCCAUUUCAUAAUCAAUUAAUUUUGUCUCACUACAAAGUCUGGCUUGUGAGAUGUUGUGUAUACUAAUGAACAAGUUGUGUGUAAAUAUUGUAAAUAGUUAUAGUAAUAAUGCGUAUAGAUGUUGCUUUAAAUGUUCGAUAUUCUCAUGGGUGCUAUUUAACGUUGGUGUACGGUGUAUGGGGUAGAUAGGUGAUAAAGUAAUGAACGCUGCGGCGAGAUGAUUAGUGUAAUUAUAUUAAUUUUAGGAAAUUAACGACAUGUAGUUACCACACUGUUAAUUGUAAGGCGUUAGCAUAAUCUUAUACUGUGUGUGCAAUAGUAUACGUGGUUAUUCUUGAACAUUGUAGAUGAUUUAUAUUAUUACCUAUUUGGAGUGAAGGUAUCAAGUCACAGGGUUGGAUGGCCUUAUGCACGCGACUGUUGUACUUAAGUCAUCGCGCAUGAACAAGUGCAGUAUCGUAUGCAAGUAGAUUCUAUGAACAUUAUCGUGCGCUCCUCUCAUGCUCCCUAUCUCUGUUAUUUCUCUGUUAUCGAUACAUCACCUAUGAUCUAUUAUGUUAUCAAAUAAUGUUUUGAGAUUACACUAGUAACUUCUUUAUCAAUUUUUAUUUAUAAUAUGUCUGUUCUUUGUUAUGUUUGCUAAUAUAUUGUCUCCCCAAAAUAUUAAUAUUGUACAAUAUUUUACUUUAAUUAUUAAAUGAGUUAUGUUUUUAUUUAUACAGCCCUGUAAAAAGUAGGAAAAUUUAUUAAAUCAUAAUACGCAUAUCGCAAAAUAAUUUAUAAUGUAAAUAAGAUGAAAUUGCAAACAAAUUAUUUUUUAACUAAUUUGGAUCGGCGCAAAUAACUGAUAUAAAUAAUGUCGGUGAAGUUUGAUAUAAACAUUGUUGUGGCAUUAUUCAAGUUAGCACACAAACUUCUGUAUAAUAUUUUGGGACUCUGUACGAAGUAGGUAACAGUUUUUAAGCAGUAGUCAAGGCCAUGUUCCGCCCUAUCUAUUUAUUUCUUUGUGAAAUCAAGAAACGAAGAAGUACAUUAUUAAUCUGUGAUGAAAUAUUUUAGGAGAAUUGCGCGCGGAAAAUGUAUGAAAAAUAAUGAUAAUUUUUGGAGUAAAUGUAACUAACGAUUUAUACAGAAUUGUAUACUUUUCUGAAUGGUAUCGAGAUCGUGUAAUGUUUUAUCUGUUUUAGCUAUACCUACAAUAUAAGUAUUACUAUAAUUAUUGACUCUUAUUUCUUGUUGAUAACAUGGAAAAUAAAACCGUG